AAUCAAAUUUCAGUUUAACGCGGAAACAGAUACCUUAUUGCCCAAGCAUCUAAACCUAUCAGACAAACGAAAACAAAAACAAAAACGACCGCUGCCAAGAACAAAGAGCUUGCUGAAAGAGAUGAAUGAAAGAAGUAAAGAGAGGUCAGCGAGCAUGGAGAAUAUUGAUCUGAAGAAGAUGGAUGAACAGCUUUCAAGACUUUUUAACCGAGCACCAUGGAAAGCACAGAAAAAUAUUGAUAUUUUGGAAGAAUUCGGAGGGAAGGAGAGUGCCAAAGAAGAGUGGGAAAUCGAUCCCCGUAAACUUAUCAUAGAAGAAGUGAUUGGUCGAGGUGCCUAUGGUUCUGUCCAUAGAGGGCUCUACAAUGGCCAAGAAGUUGCAGUUAAAAUUAUUGACUGGGGAGAAGAGGUUCCAAGGACAAGAGACAAAAUAGCUGCACUGAGGAUAGCUUUUAAACAGGAGGUUUCUCUUUGGCAUAAUCUAAAUCAUCCAAAUAUUACAAAGUUCAUAGGUGCUACGAUGGGCUUACUGACCUCUGGAAAACCAAGUUGUUUGUCUUGUGUUGCUGAGUAUCUUCCUGGAGGUACUUUGAGGUCUUACUUGAUAAAGAACCGAAAAAAGAAGUUGCCUUUCAGGAUUGUCAUAAAAUUGGCUCUAGAUCUUGCAAGAGGCUUGAGUUACCUUCACUCCAAAAAGAUUGUCCACAGAGAUAUAAAGGCAGAAAAUUUGCUUCUUGACAAGAAUCAUGCACUUAAGAUAACGGACUUUGGAGUUUCUCGUUUUCAAGCUCUAAAUCCUAAAGACAUGACAGGCAGUACAGGAACCAUCGGGUAUAUGGCUCCAGAGGUUCUAAAAAGUGAACCAUACAACAGGAAAUGCGAUGUGUACAGUUUUGGAAUUUGCUUGUGGGAGAUUUGUUGUUGUAACAGGCCUUAUCAUAAUAUCAACUUCCAAUUCACUUUAGCAGCAGCUAUUGUCGAUCAGAAUUUGAGGCCACAAAUACCCAACAGUUGCCCGGAAUUUCUAGCACAAGUAAUGAGGCGAUGCUGGGACGCAGACCCCAAAAAGAGACCAGAGAUGGAAGAAGUGGUUUCCAUGCUAGAAACCAUUGACGUCCACAAUCAUGAGUAUGGCUGCUUCUGCUUUCGGUAGCAGUGAAACCAACCAAGAUUGUAUUAUGAUAGUGUAAAUAAGUGACUGUGGGAGGAAUGCAGCGAUUCUUUUUGUUUCAUGCUGUAGUUCAUUUCCUCUUCCACUAAUUA